AUGACAUUUUCGAAAAAAAUUAGCAGAACAAUAAAAAAGACUUUUUUAAAAACGUUUGUAUGGAGUGUCGCUUUAUACGGCUGCGAGACAUGGGUUAUUAAUGAAAAGGAAAAAAGAUCCCUGGAAGCAUUUGAAAUGUGGUGUUGGAGACGAAUGGGAAAAAUAAACUGGACAGAAAGAAUAACAAAUGAAGAUGUAUUGACCCAAGUUGGAGAAACAAGGCCCUUAAUUAAAGCCAUAAAGCGACGACGAUGGGACAUGAUGGGACACGUUUUACGUCAUGACGAAGAAUUGCAUCAUACUAUAAUAGAAGGUGCAAUUGAAGGACGGAAACCACCAGGAAGACCAAGAAACUCGUACAUAUCUCAACUGAAAAAUGACGUAGGGUUUGAUACAUACGCCGGAUUAAAAAGACUUGCUGAAGAUCGUGAUAAGUGGAGAGCGAAGUUAAAAACGUUGUAA